UGUAAACAAAAGGCCUUCGGUCGAUCCCAUUUUAUACAAUUUGCUUGUUUUCUGACAGAAACGGCGAUAAAUGAGGAUAAGGAAAUUGGAUAUAUGAAGAUAAUAAGAAAAAGAGUGAAAAUAUCCAUGCAAUAUAGUCUGAUCAGAUUGUAAAACCCUGUAAAAGGAGAAAAAACGAAGAGGUAGAUAAACGGGCUAGCUACUCUCUCUGAUAAUAUUUUUGAACUUCUGUUUAGUUACAUUUAACCAACUCGUCAUGCUUGCCAAGAGGAAGGUAAUUGAAGAAGGGGAUCCCUCGGCCAAAAAACGAAAGCACAAAACGAUAUCAAUGCUCGAAAAGGUGGAAUUACUGCAAAAGUUAGAGAGCGGGACGGCAGUGAGGAGUCUCUGCGAGUUGUAUGGGAUCAGUUCGUCAACUGUCUAUGAUCUCAAGAAACAGAAGGAGCAGAUCUUCAGUUACUUUGCCGAUAAUAUCGGUCAGAAAAGCUUGGAGAAGCGGAAAAGCCUGAGGAGGGGAAAGAGCACGGAAUUGGACACGACACUCCUGCAGUGGUUUAAGCAGAGGCGGAGCGAGGGGACGAGCAUUUCAGGCGAGAUGUUGAUGACGCGAGCCAAAGUUCUGCACAGGGAAUUAAAUCUUGACUAUAGCUGUGAGUAUUCCCAAGGGUGGCUACAGAGAUUUAAAGAUAGGUAUGGGAUUUCGCUUCAUGGUGUGUCUGGGGAGAUCGGACCAGGUGAAACAGAAGCUUCAGCCGUGGAUGAAUGUGCGCAGUUAGAUGACAUUGAAAAGUUGUCACCUGGACAAAUCUGCAAUACUGAAAGAAUUCCUGGUCAAGAUGAUGAAGCGUCUGUAGUAGGAGAGAUUAGUCAUAUUACUAAUUCCUCCAUGGAGGAAUCAUCAACCAUACCAGAACCUACUGAAGAAGAUGUGUCAUUGGCAUCACAUGUGCAUCAUUCAUCAAUCUUGAAGACUCUCUUUGAUGAUUCAACAUUUGCUGAUGUGACACUGACAGCUGAAGGCCAUUUAAUCAGGGCACAUAAGGCAGUGCUGUCAGCCAUGAGUCCGUACUUCAGAGAAGUCUUGCAAGCCAAUCCAUGCCAACACCCUAUCAUCAUCAUGCCUCUUGAUGUACAGUAUGAGAAUCUUCAGGGGAUUAUAAGUUACAUUUAUAAUGGUCAAAUCACAUUACCGUCUGAGAAACUGGCAUCUCUCCUAAAGACGGCUAAAGCUUUACAGAUAUCCGGCUUAGCCAGUGUGGAUAUUAUAGAUGUGAGAAAUGAAGAUGACAAAACUCCAUUCCUCAAGACCGUGAAAAUACAGUCAGAAAUGGAACAUCCAAAUAAAUCUGGCGUCAGUGGCAGAUCCAGCUCGGCCACUAACAGGAGGAAAAAGGCCAGGCUUAUUUCUACAGCACCAUCCAUUGUAUCCAAGGAAUCAUUGGAUAAGAGAGCAAGAAAUGAAGAUUUUUUAAAGAAGAGACCUACUAAUAUUUUUUCAGUGAAGGAGAUCACAAUACCAACUCAAAUUCAAAACAAAUCCUCACAGUUGAGAGAAAGUGACAACUCAGUUUUUCAAGUCAUUCCAAGCAGUAACAUGAGUUCAGAGAAUAAUGUGUGUGAAAAACAGAAAGAGGAACUAGAGGAACUACAGGAGUUACAUGACUCAGAGGACAACAGCCUUUUGCAAGCUGAGAGACAUAGUGCACAACAGAAUGGGUCUAAUUUAACAGAGACAAUAUAUGUUAAAGAAGAACCACUUUUCUAAGGUUAUGAAAUAUUUUAUUAUAUUUUAUAUGUAAAUAACAUGUUGAUAGAGUGUCUAUUUUUCUAUUAUAUGAAAUAUGUUGGCACUGUUUAGCACAUAGAUUUACAGUUUUAUGUCUCUCAAUGUGCCACAGAGUCUUCAUUCCAUGUAUAAUUCCUGUAAUAUAA